UCGACAACGAAUCCUCUCCCAUCCGCGUCGUCGGCUUCGAUCUCUCCUUCAGAUCGAAGCAAAAGGGUGAAGACAACCAAAAAGUUUCCUCUUUUUUUAUUGUUUUUCCUUCAAUUCGUGCGCCGAUUUUCUCAAUAGAAUUUGAGGUCAGAGGAAGAGCAGCAAAGUUUUUGCAUCGAUCAAUCGAUCUUUCUCUCACCAUGAGUUUUAUUUUCGGGAAGAGGAAAACUCCGGCAGAGCUGCUGAGAGAAAACAAGAGAAUGCUCGAUAAGUCAAUUCGGGAGAUAGAAAGGGAGAGACAGGGUCUGCAAGCACAGGAGAAAAAGCUCAUCGUGGAGAUAAAGAAGACUGCUAAGCAAGGGCAGAUGGCAGCAGUUAAGGUCAUGGCAAAGGACCUUAUUCGAACAAGGCAUCAGAUCACAAAGUUUUAUGCACUUAAAUCACAACUUCAAGGUGUAUCACUGAGAAUCCAGACACUGAAGUCAACACAAGCAAUGGGGGAAGCAAUGAAGGGUGUUACAAAAGCUAUGGGACAGAUGAACAAGCAGAUGAACCUACCUGCACUACAGAGGAUAAUGCAAGAGUUUGAAAUGCAAAAUGAGAAAAUGGAAAUGGUGAGCGAGGUCAUGGGGGAUGCCAUUGACGAUGCUUUGGAAGGAGAUGAGGAGGAGGAAGAAACCGAAGAAUUAGUGAGCCAAGUGCUCGAUGAAAUUGGAAUCGACAUUAAUUCAGAGCUGGUCAAGGCACCUUCAACUGCAGUCCCAAGUGCUGAGGCAAACAAAAAGGUUGCUCAAGUUGAAGCCACUGCUGCAAGUGAAGGUGGAAUAGAUGAUGACUUGCAAGCAAGAUUGGACAAUUUGAGAAAAAUGUAAAUUUAUAUAAAAUAAAAAAACACACAUAAAUUUGACAUGCAAGGGUGAUCACAAGUGGGAAUUAUAGUCUUCCCAUAAAGUUGACAUAAUAAUACCCUUGUUGUUGUGUAUACAGUAUCUGUUGUGUAAGAAACCAACUUGAAGCUUGGCUUUGCAUUUGCCCAUUAAA